CCGCCCCGCCCCUGGGCGGUUGCUCGCGGCUGCCACCGCCCUCCACCAACCCAAUGGCUCGGCUGGCCUGUCAGUGAUGUGAAGCAGUGCUCGGGCUUGUCCGGCCCGCAGGCCAUUACAGCAUUCUCCGCGGCAUUCGCUGCAGCCGCUGCAGCCGGAGCAAGCAGGGAGGGCGGGAGACGGCGUGGCGGGGCGGGGCGAGCGGCGCGGCCGGAUUUCUUCCUCCGGGGUGCGGGGUAUGGAGGAACUGUGCGUCCGCAGGCGGAGCUGGGCGGCCCGGGCGGCGGCGGGGACAACGGUUCGCUUCUGAAGGGGGCGGCCCGCUCCCGGACAGACGGCGGCGAGAGGAGACGGGCCCUCGGGCAAUUUGGUGAUCCAGUUGUCAGAUGUUGGAAGGCAAUAGGACACAGCAUACUUUCCGAGCUUUUCUAUCCGUUCCUGGGCGCAGCGAUUCACAUUGAACUUUGGUUUCCUGUAACUCUCUUCGCCUGUGUUUCGAGUUAGGCUGGAGCUUUGCUUCGAAGGAUAAAUAAAGCACAACCUCUCAGCUGGACAUAAAUGGAUCUAAAGACAGCCGUCUUUAACGCAGCUCGGGAUGGUAAACUCCGGCUUCUCACCAAGUUAUUGGCAAGCAAAUCCAAAGAGGAGGUUUCCUCCUUGAUCUCCGAAAAAACAAAUGGGGCCACGCCACUCUUGAUGGCAGCCCGGUAUGGGCACCUGGACAUGGUGGAGUUCCUCCUGGAGCAGUGCAGUGCCUCCAUAGAAGUUGGGGGCUCCGUGAAUUUCGACGGUGAGACCAUUGAGGGGGCGCCCCCUUUGUGGGCCGCCUCUGCAGCCGGCCAUCUGAAGGUGGUCCAGUCUUUGUUGAAUCAUGGAGCAUCUGUCAACAACACCACGUUAACCAAUUCGACUCCUCUCCGAGCGGCCUGUUUCGACGGCCACCUGGAAAUAGUGAAGUACCUUGUUGAACACAAAGCUGAUUUGGAAGUCUCAAACCGACAUGGGCAUACGUGCUUGAUGAUUUCAUGUUACAAAGGGCAUAAAGAGAUUGCUCAGUAUUUACUUGAAAAGGGGGCAGAUGUUAAUCGCAAAAGUGUUAAAGGCAAUACUGCAUUGCAUGAUUGUGCAGAAUCUGGAAGUUUGGAUAUCAUGAAGAUGCUUCUUAUGUAUUGUGCCAAGAUGGAAAAGGAUGGUUAUGGAAUGACUCCACUUCUCUCAGCAAGCGUGACUGGCCACACAAAUAUUGUGGAUUUUCUUACUCAUCAUGCACAGACCAGCAAGACAGAACGCAUCAAUGCUCUAGAGCUACUGGGAGCUACAUUUGUAGACAAAAAAAGAGAUCUACUUGGAGCUUUAAAAUAUUGGAAAAAAGCAAUGAACAUGAGGUACAGUGAUCGGACUAAUAUAAUUAGCAAACCAGCACCACAAACACUGAUAAUGGCUUAUGAUUAUGCCAAGGAGGUAAAUAGUACAGAAGAACUAGAAGGUCUUAUUGCUGAUCCUGAUGAUAUGAGAAUGCAAGCACUAUUAAUUAGAGAACGUAUUCUUGGUCCUUCUCACCCUGAUACCUCUUACUAUAUUAGAUACAGAGGUGCUGUCUAUGCAGACUCUGGAAAUUUCAAAAGAUGCAUCAACCUAUGGAAAUAUGCUUUGGAUAUGCAGCAGAACAAUCUGGACCCUCUAAGUCCGAUGACCGCCAGCAGUUUAUUAUCUUUUGCAGAACUGUUCUCUUUUAUGCUUCAGGAUAGGGCUAAAGGCUUGCUGGGCACUACUGUUACAUUUGAUGAUCUUAUGGGCAUACUGUGUAAAAGCGUUCUUGAAAUAGAGCGUGCUGUCAAACAAACUCAGUGUCCAGCUGACCCAUUACAGUUAAAUAAGGCUCUUUCCAUCAUUUUGCACUUAAUUUGCUUAUUAGAAAAAGUUCCUUGUACUCUAGAACAGGACCAUUUCAAAAAGCAGACUAUAUACAGGUUUCUUAAACUGCAUCCAAGGGGAAAGAAUAACUUUAGCCCCCUUCAUCUAGCUGUGGACAAGAAUACUACAUGUGUAGGUCGGUACCCUGUUUGUAAAUUUCCAUCUCUGCAAGUUACUGCAAUUCUGAUAGAAUGUGGUGCUGAUGUGAACGUCAGAGACUCCGAUGACAACAGUCCCCUACAUAUUGCUGCUCUGAACAACCAUCCAGACAUCAUGAAUCUUCUUAUUAAAUCAGGUGCACAUUUUGAUACCACAAACUUGCACAAACAAACUGCUAGUGACUUGUUGGAUGAGAAGGAAAUAGCUAAAAAUUUGAUCCAGCCCAUAAAUCACACCACUUUGCAGUGUCUUGCUGCUCGUGUCAUAGUGAAUCAUAGAAUAUAUUAUAAAGGGCAUAUCCCAGAAAAGCUAGAGACCUUUGUUUCACUUCAUAGAUGAUGAUUUGACUGUAUUUGAGCACUGUUAAAGAAUGAAUUGGUAACAGUUGUUUCAUAAAUGAGCACUGUUGUGAUAACACCAGCAUUCAUAUCGCUUGAUAUCAUUGUGCUGUCAUUGGCUAAAGCAUAAGCAUCAACUUUACAAGAUUGGUUUCCCAGUAUUUAAUAUAAAUAUACCAUAUAAUAUAUUGUUUAUGAAUUGUUGAGAAAUACCAUUUCUAAAAUUGUUUGCCAAAGGCUGUUAACCAUUCUGGUUUUGUUUGCUGUUGGGUGUUUGGGACUGAAUUAAUUGUUUUUCAGCAAUGUCUUUUUACUUUACUGAUUCAUGAAUUUUAUAUGAUUGAAAGUCUUUUUCUCCCCUGCUUCCCUCUCCAAGCUUUGCUUCCAUAUCCACUUUAUUUUUGCCUUAUCAUAUCUUCUUACUAAUUUUUCCCCCUUACAGACCCUAGCUAGGUUGUACAAACUCUAUGGACUUACCAUUUGCAGUAACCAUAAGUGCUUUAUCUUCUCUAUGCACCGGCUUAAACUUGACUGUUGUAUGUUAGCUUAUUUUCUAUGCAGCAGUUGGUCAACUUCAACUUAAAACACUGCUUGUUUUGAUUUGUUAUAGAGCUCAUGUUAUGAAAGUACUCUGUAGUGUGAUGAUUUUUAGUGCUACAGGUUAGCUAUCUGAGCUCAAGGUUUAUUGUUUGGGGUUCUACCCCCUUCCGUCUUCAUAUUUUCAAUUUCUUUCUUAAUCCACUGAAAUUAUUGUGUGCUAAAUUUGGGAAACAAAUCUACUCUAACUCAUUAACCCAGUUGAAAUUUAGGUCUGUAAUCGUAAUAUAUCAUGCAGUAAAAGGAAGAUGAUAAAGUGACCCACCUUUCAUGCUGCUCCAGCGUUGUCCUGCUUGUGCUGAUGGUGCGAUUAGGUGUAGAGAAUUUGCUUAAAUUUAACCUCAGAGAUUAUCAACACAGCUUAAUGAAUCACAUUGAAAUACGCAGUAAUGAAACUGCAAAUCACUUUUAGUCACAAAAAGAGCUAAAGCAUGUCAGUGGCAUGAUGCUUGUCAAGCCAGAUCUAGGAUAAUUAAAGUAUUUUAAUAGUACGCAAUUUACUGCCAUAGUAUCAAAGGUCAGUAACAGUGUUCUUUUUUCUUCAAGCUUAAGUAUACCUUUUAAAAUAACUUGCAUGGAUUACUUUGGUCUCAAUUAUUUGUCACCAUAGUUAAACACACAAAGGUUGCAGUGCUUAGUGCUUCCUAUUCCCUGUCUGAAAGUUAGCU